AAAAAACCCAAUAAAAGAACUUCUGUAAACACUUUCCUAAACCCCACCUCCAUCUUAAACCCCGCACCAGAGCCCUUAUUUCCAAAAUCCAGAUAGACACCAAAAACAGGCUAAUGAGAAAAAGAUGGCUCAGCCCUCUUAUUUCUUACUCAAAAUCACUUCUUUUUUCCGCUCGAAACCCCCAACUCCCUCGCCAAAACCUAUUCUCCCCACUCACUCGAUUCAUUUCCUCCUCUUCCCAUGACAAUCUCGAUGGCCUAAUCGACCCAGAUGACCCAUUUUCGGUACAAAACAAUCCACGGGUGGAGCCCCUUUCUGCCCAAGACUUUACCUUUUUAGGGGCUGGUUCAGGGCCUUCACAAGAAAAACUUAAUGUCGGUAAGUUCUCAAACGAUGCUAUUUUAAUUGCGAAUGCCAUUUGGAGUGAUAGUGGAGAGUUUGGGGACAAAACCCAGAUUUUUCUUAGGCAAUUUAGAGAAAAAUUGAAUGAAAAGUUAGUUGUUGAAGUUUUGAACUUGGCAAAAUUGAAACCUGAAUUGGGUGUUAAGUUUUUUAUAUGGGCAGGGAGGCAAAUUGGGUAUAGUCAUACUGCCCCUGUGUUUAAUUCUUUGCUUGAUUUAUUAGAAUCCGGUAAUAGUGAUCGUAUUCCAGAGAAAUUUUUGUGUGAAAUUAGGAAUGAAGACAUGGAAGUGCUAAAAAGGUUGCUUAAUUUAGUGAUUCGAAAAUAUUGCAAAAAUGGAUUGUGGAAUGUGGCAUUAGAGGAAUUAGGUAGGCUUAAGGAUUUCGGCUACAAGCCAUCUGGAGCUACUUACUGUGCAUUGAUUCAAGUUUUUUUGCAAGCUGAUAGAUUAGAUACAGCUCAUUUGGUUCAUAGAGAGAUGUCGGAUGCAGGGUUCCGCAUGGACAGGUAUACACUAACAUGUUAUGCUUAUUCCCUUUGUAGAGUGGGGCAAUGGAGGGAGGUCCUUAGGUUGAUUGAGAAGGAAGAAUUCAAGCCUGAUACUGUUGUUUAUACGAAGAUGAUAUCUGGGUUAUGUGAAGCUUCACUUUUUGAAGAAGCUAUGGACUUUUUGAAUAGAAUGCGUGCUAAUUCUUGCAUUCCUAAUGUUGUAACAUACAAGGUUUUGCUGUGUGGCUGUUUGAAUAAGAGACAGCUUGGUAGGUGUAAGAGAAUUCUUAGCAUGAUGAUUACAGAAGGUUGUUAUCCAAGUCCUAACAUAUUUAAUUCUCUUGUUCAUGCAUAUUGCAAAUCAGGAGAUUAUUUUUAUGCCUAUAAAUUGCUAAAGAAAAUGGUCAAAUGUGGGUGCCAACCAGGCUAUGUGGUUUAUAACAUAUUGAUUGGUGGCAUUUGCGUCAAUGAGGAGUUACCCAGCUCAGAUGUGCUAGAAUUGGCUGAGAAUGCUUAUAGCGAAAUGCUUGCUGCUGGAGUUGUACUAAAUAAGAUCAAUGUUAGCAAUUUGGCUAGGUGUCUUUGUAGCAUUGGGAAAUUUGAGAAAGCAUGUAAAAUUAUCCAUGAAAUGAUGAGUAAAGGUUUUAUACCUGAUACUAGUACAUACUCCAAAGUGAUUGCUCAUCUGUGUAAUGCCUCCAAAGUAGAAAAUGCUUUUUUUUUGUUUGAAGAAAUGAAAAAGAAUGGUGUAAUUCCUGAUGUCUACACAUACACGAUUUUAAUUGAUAGUUUUUGUAAGGCUGGUCUUAUAGAACAAGCUCGUAAUUGGUUUGAUGAGAUGGUAGGGGUUGGUUGUGCCCCUAGUGUGGUGACUUACACUGCUCUAAUACAUGCUUACCUUAAAGCAAGGAAGGUGUCCAAGGCAGAUGAACUCUUUGAGAUGAUGUUGUCUCAAGGUUGCAUUCCGAAUGUUGUUACAUAUACAGCUCUGAUAGAUGGUCAUUGUAAAGCUGGACAGAUUGAAAAAGGUUGUCAAAUUUAUGCCAGAAUGCACACUAAUGCGGAAAUCCCAGAUGUAGAUUUAUAUUUUAAAGUGGUUGACAGUGAUGCCAAAGCACCAAAUGUUUUUACAUAUGGAGCUUUGGUGGAUGGUUUGUGCAAGGCUCACAAGGUCAAAGAGGCCCGUGACUUGUUGGAAGCCAUGUCCACUGUUGGUUGUAAGCCGAACCAUGUUGUGUAUGAUGCUCUUAUAGAUGGAUUUUGCAAGGCUGGGAAGUUAGACGAAGCACAGGAGGUGUUUUCCAAGAUGUCUGAGCAUGGUUAUAGUCCAAAUAUUUAUACAUACAGCUCAUUGAUUGACAGGUUGUUUAAAGAUAAACGACUGGACCUAGCUUUAAAAGUCUUGUCCAAAAUGCUCGAAAAUUCUUGUGCUCCUAAUGUUGUUAUUUAUACAGAAAUGAUUGAUGGCCUCUGUAAGGCUGGUAAAACGGACGAGGCCUAUAAGCUUAUGUUGAUGAUGGAAGAAAAGGGGUGCUAUCCCAAUGUGGUGACUUACACUGCAAUGAUAGAUGGAUUUGGCAAGUCAGGGAAAAUCAACAAAAGCCUUGAGCUUCUAGAGCAAAUGGGUUCCAAGGGUUGUGCUCCAAAUUUCAUCACAUAUGGCGUUUUGAUAAAACAUUGUUGUGCUGCUGGCCUAUUGGAUAAGGCUUAUGAACUUUUGGAAGAGAUGAAACAGACAUACUGGCCUAGGCAUAUGGCAGGCUACCGUAAGGUCAUUGAGGGUUUCAACAGAGAGUUCAUAACAUCUCUUGGGCUCUUAGAUGAAAUUGGUAAAAGUGAAAGUUUGCCAGUUAUUCCUGUUUAUAGAGUGCUUAUUAAUAAUUUUUUAAAGGCUGGGAGGCUAGAGGUGGCUUUACAGCUUCAUAACGAGAUUGCAUCAUUUUCACCAAUUUCUUCCGCAUACAAGAGUACUUAUGAUGCCCUGAUUGAGAGCCUUUCACUUGCUCAUAAGGUUAACAAGGCUUUUGAGUUAUAUGCUGACAUGAUAAGGAUGGGUGGAGUUCCAGAGCUAAGCACAUUUAUACACCUUAUUAAGGGGCUCAUCACAGUCAACAAGUGGGAAGAGGCACUUCAGCUUUCAGAUAGCUUAUGUCAGAUGGAUAUUCAAUGGCUUCAAGAAAAAGAGAGACCUGAUGCUGCAUAGGCUUUUAUGAACAUUUGGUUUUCCAGUUUGCUUGAUCUGAUCACUUUAAUGGCGAUGGUCAAAGUUCUGCUUUGAGGUUGACUUAACUGGUUGAGGAUUUGUUUUGCAUGCAUACAAAAGCAGAAGACAAGGCCAACAAUGGCAUGCUGAAUAAACUGAGUUUACAGUCUCACAAUGACCUCGGUCCAUGGUUUGAAGUCACUUUGAAUCAGAAGCAAGCCUUGCCCACAUGCUGAGCUUUACCAAAAUAUCAUGAUUUGAUUAUUCAAUCUAAUAUAGCCGCUCUGUCGAAUUUGAUCCUUGUUGGUCUGAAAGAACUGAUUCUGGCUGCAACACUCUUUAUUGAUCACUCCAUCACAAGAAGGACUUGUCUUGCAUUUCUGAUCAUUUUCAUUUCAAGCCUUUGUUACAUGCUGUUUGAAUCUUCUGGGAUCUGCUCAACUGUCUCAUCGAACAUCAUAUUCUUCUUCAUUGCGCUCAUGAGUAAUCUCUCUUCAUGCCUUAAUUCAGCAAAGCAACACAUCUCGAGCACCAUGUCACCAGCCCUUGUCAACUACCAAUUGUACUUCAGGAACAUAGUGCAUUGCCUAGAACAAAUUCAGAGGACUUAUGAGACUGGAGGGCAGGCUUUUCCCCUAUCAUUUGAUCAGGAACAGGGUGCAAUUCUUAGUGCGUAGGUCCUUGGAUUAUCUGGAGUAAAUCACCAAUGUUGGCAAAUCAUGUUGUACUGGUAGUAUUUGAACCGCAACACACAAUAAACAUAGCAGCCCAAGCAAUUAGAACUUGACAUUUCAAUUUGGAGGUCUCGAGUUUGAAUUCAGAAUCAGAAGACGUUGCCUUCCAUAGUUCCACUAGUAGUCCAAAACUACUUGUAUUCCAAAAAAUUAAAACAAAAAAAGAAAGAAAGAAAGAAAGAAGUGAGAAGACCUUCAUACAUGUAUCUCCUCCUUAAUCAUCUUUUCCGAUUUCCAUUAAUUGAUAUUAGAGUUUUUUUAAAUUUUUAUUGAUGAAUAUUAGGGUCGAAGAAA